ACAGAUGCUUAUUUGUAGUAUACAGGAACACUUUAUCAUUUUACUUUGUAAAACUUGUUUAUUCCCCUGUGAAACGGUUUGCCCCAUAUUUACUAGUAAAAGUUACACACAUUCUAGGCUGUAUAAUACGCAGUGCUAGUUUACAAUCAUCACACACCGUACAGUAAACGCAAAACCGGGUUCUGAUAGUGUGUACUCCUCGGUUAAAGUCGUUAAACUGUUCCACGUUUGUGACAGACACCUAUCUCUAAAGCUCCAAACUACAAAGUAAAGCACCCCUUGUCUUUUCCCCAGCUCGGGCUGGUGGUUUAGGGGUGGCCGUCGGCAGGUAGGCGAGGAAGGAAAAAGGGACCCCCGAUCAGCUGACCGGCAGCCAUUUUGCCAACCAUUUCUGGCUUUUGCGGAACUUUUUGCAGGCUAGCCGAGGAACGGGUAGCUGGGUGUCCCUCCUCGAUUUAGUCGUCAUGUUUAUGGACCUGCCCCUUGUGUAGCAGACAGGAAUGAAAGCAUAACUGUGCAGGUCACGCUGGGACUCGGAGGGGCUACUUGAGCAAGUUUUUACCCUAAACCAGUAAAACAUGGCGCUGAGAAUAGUGAAGGGUAGUAUUGACCGAAUGUUUGAUAAGAAUUUACAGGAUUUGGUACGUGGCAUUAGGAAUCACAAGGAUGAUGAGGCUAAGUACAUUUCCACGUGCAUUGAUGAAAUUAAGCAAGAACUUAAGCAAGACAAUAUUGCAGUAAAGGCAAAUGCAGUGUGUAAGCUGACAUACCUGCAAAUGCUAGGCUAUGACAUUAGCUGGGCUGCUUUCAACAUUAUUGAAGUCAUGAGUGCAUCAAAAUUUACAUUUAAGAGAAUUGGCUACCUUGCUGCAUCCCAGUGUUUCCAUGAAGGAACAGAUGUAAUUAUGCUCACAACCAAUCAGAUACGGAAGGACCUGAGUAGCCCCACCCAAUAUGAUACUGGAGUAGCCUUGACUGGUUUGUCGUGUUUUGUUACUCCAGAUCUUGCCAGAGACUUGGCCAAUGACAUUAUGACUUUGAUGUCUCAUACAAAACCGUACAUCAGGAAGAAAGCAGUUCUGAUAAUGUACAAAGUUUUUCUGAAGUAUCCCGAGUCACUGCGCCCAGCAUUCCCUCGUCUUAAAGAAAAGCUGGAAGAUCCUGAUCCUGGUGUGCAGUCAGCUGCUGUAAAUGUCAUCUGUGAGUUGGCACGACGCAAUCCAAAAAAUUACCUUUCGCUUGCUCCAUUGUUUUUCAAACUGAUGACAUCAUCAACUAAUAACUGGGUGCUUAUUAAAAUCAUCAAAUUGUUUGGAGCCCUUACACCACUGGAACCUCGACUUGGCAAAAAGCUCAUUGAACCAUUGACUAAUCUGAUACACAGUACUAGUUCUCUGUCUUUUAUUUUUUUUUUGGUGAAUACCAUAAGUUUUGUUUUGGAGGCAUUGAGUCCAGGACUACCAAAUCAUUCGGCAUCCUUGCUUGUGUGUAUGAACUCAUUAAGGAUGUUUCUUGCUGAUACUGAUCAGGGAUUGAAGUACCUGGGUUUACUGGCAAUGUCGAAGAUCCUGAAGACCCAUCCCAAAUCAGUGCAGUCUCACAAAGAUCUCAUUCUCCAGUGCUUAGAUGACAAAGACGAAUCCAUACGCCUUCGAGCAUUAGACCUUCUUUAUGGAAUGGUUUCUAAAAAAAACUUGAUGGAAAUUGUGAAGAAGUUGCUGAUUCAUGUGGACAAAGCUGAGGGAACAACUUACAGGGAUGAGCUGUUAACCAAAAUAAUCGAUAUCUGCAGUCAGUCGAACUAUCAGUACAUCACCAACUUUGAGUGGUACAUCAGCAUCCUGGUGGAACUUACAAGGUUAGAAGGCACCCGUCACGGCCAUCUCAUUGCUUCUCAGAUGCUUGACGUUGCCAUUAGAGUGAAAGCAAUUCGAGCGUUUGCUGUUUCGCAGAUGGCCAUGUUAUUGGACAAUGCUCACCUGCUGACUGGAAACACUCAGCGAAAUGGAAUAUGUGAAGUACUUUAUGCUGCAGCAUGGAUCUGUGGCGAAUUUUCAGAACAUCUCCAGGAACCUCAUGUGACUUUGGAAGCCAUGCUGAGGCCUAAAGUUACCACAUUACCUGGCCACAUCCAGGCAGUUUAUGUGCAGAAUGCAGUUAAGCUCUAUGCGUCUCUGCUCCAACAGAAAGAGCAGGCCGAAGACAAAGAAGGGGCACUGCAGGUCACAGCCCUUAUGAUCGAGAGACUCCCUCAAUUUGUACAGAGUGCAGAUCUGGAAGUGCAGGAAAGGGCAUCUUGCAUCCUACAGCUGAUGAAAUACAUUGAGAAACUUCAUGUGAAGGCUGUUCCUGUCUCAGAGGAAGUCACUGCCCUGUUUGCUGGGGAAUUGAAUCCUGUGGCUCCCAAAGCACAGAAAAAAGUGCCGAUACCUGAUGGGUUAGACCUUGAUGCCUGGAUAAAUGAACCACCAUCAGAAAGUGAAUCAGAAGACGAAAGACCUCAGACCAUUUUCCAUGAGGAGGAACAUAAGCACAGCAAGCACAGACAUGUUGAAAUGGACGAAGAAGAGCUUGCCAGGCGUCGAGAAGCACGGAAGCAAGAACAAGCCAAUAAUCCGUUUUAUAUCAAGAGCUCCCCUUCAUCUCAUAAGGGAUACCAUGACACUCCUGGUGUGGACCACAUUCCUGUUGUGCAGAUUGACCUUUCUGUGCCCUUGAAAGUUCCAGGAAUUCCUAUGUCUGACCAAUAUCUUAGGUUGGAGGAGGAACGCAGACACAAACAGAAAAUAGAGAAAGACAAACGGAAAAAAAAGAAACAGAAGAAGGAGAGGAGGGGUCCCCAUCGACGUCAUGAUUCGUUGCAGACAGAAAGUGAUGAAGAUAUCCCUCCUGCACAGCAAGUCGACAUUAUCACAGAGGAGAUGCCUGAGAAUGCUUUGCCUAGUGAUGAAGAUGAGAAAGACCCCAGCGACCCCUAUAGAGCCCUCGAUAUUGACCUUGAUCGGCCUUUAGCAGACAGUGAAAAACUGCCAGUUCAGAAACACAGAGCUAUGGAGGACCAAAAAUCUCCUGAAGAAAAUAUAUUUUCAGACCAAAAGAGCAAGAAAGUUACCAAGAAACUGAAAAAAGAAAAGGAGAAAGUAAAACGGAGGGAUGCUGAGAAAAAGAAAAGUAAAGUAAAGGAUGAUAAAAAACGUAGGAAAUCAUCCCCAGUUACAGAAGACAAAGAACCUACAGAAGAUGACCAAGUGUUCACAGAACCCAAAGAGAAAACUGAGAAAAGUACUGCUGAUGACUCUGAGUUGGAUUUCUGGCUAUCUAACACUCCAGUACCCACUGAAGUGGAGCCCUGUCCUGACCUACAGACUGCAGUGUCUGAACCAGAUGAAACCCUAAAGGAGAACAUACAGAGUGAAGAAAAGGAGGGUCCUAAGUCCUCAAAGAAGAAGAAGAAGCACAGAAAAGAUAAGGCUGAGAAGACAAAAGAUGAGAAGAAAUCUAAGAAAAAGAAACACCACAGUGAUAAGGAGAGAGUGGAGGCCAUGCAGAAUGGGACCUUAGAUGAUGAGCCUUUACCGCCCAUGUCUAAUUACACUCUUCUUGCUGACGAUUCCUACAUAACAGUGACGUAUGACAUCCAAGGAAACCUGCAGAAUGAGAGUCAAGUGGUGGUUUCCGUAAUAUUUGAGAACAAAUGCAACAGUUACUUGAAAUCAAUGGAAUUCAAUGUUCUUGACUCUCUCAACACUAAACUAAUCCGUCCAGAAGGCUCUACUGUUCAUGAUGGUAUUCCUGUUCCAUUUCAGCUUCCUCCAGGUAUCGCAAACGAGGCUCGGUUUGUGUUCACUGUCCAGAGUGUCGUUAUGCCCCAGAAGUUGAAGGGAACUCUGACGUACAUAGUUAAAAAUGAAGACGGCUCAAGUCAUGAAAAACUUGACUUCAAAUUGCACUUUUCCUGCACUUCCUAUCUAAUCACAACACCUUGCUACAGUGAUGCAUUUGCUAAGUUGUUGGAAUCUGGUGAUAUGAAGAUGAGUUCUUUGAAGGUAGAUGGGAUUGAUAUUUCAUUCCAACAUCUUUUGGCAAAGAUCUGCUUUUACCUUCAUUUUUCAGUUGUUGAACGAGUUGACCCGUGUGCAUCUAUGUAUAGCCGUUCAAUCCAAGGUCACCACAUUUGCUUAUUAGUUAAAAAGGGGGAAAAUCAUGUUUCUGUUGAUGCAAAAUGCAGCGACUCUUCAUUUCUAAGCAACUUGCUGGAUGAAAUCAAGGAAAUGCUGUCUAAGAAGUGCUGAAUGUUCAUUUUAAAUACUACUGCUGCUGCCACACUAAAAAGGAUUUAAAUGUUACGUUGUUUCCAUUAACGUAUGUAUUGUACCAGGCACCAUGAGUUUAAUUUACCCCAACAACUGUACCCAGUUUAAACUAUUUGAAGUCUGUGUAUUACCACAAAACAGUACAAGCCCCCUGUUUUUGGUCCUGUUACUUCAGCCCCCCUCUUUUUGGUCCUGUUACUUCAGCCAUUUACUGUUCUUUUCCAGCUUGUAGGCCUUAUAGCAGAUGUGGUUUAACAGUGGCUGUGGGUGUUUCAGAAGUGGGGAGGGGGGCACAUCAAACACCUGUUGCUAGUUUGGGUAUAAAGAUAAAAACAUUUGCAUCACUGGUUAGUGUUGUGAGAACUGACCAAUCUUUUUGCAAGCAGUUAAUUAAAUUGCAUACUGCACUCUGUACUGUGAAGAAUGCCUUCACAUCUGAUUCCCUAGAAAGAGUUUUCUGUAAAGAGCGACUGUACUUAUUCCAAUGUUUUUGUUACCAUGGACACUACAUUUUGUCUAGAAUAAAGGCUUUGAGAAGGUGAUGGAAUCUUAAAACACCAA